CUUCACAACCAGCACGUAUAGUAAAUGUUAGCAGUACUGCUGCUUAUAUGUUUGUUCCUGAGGGUGGAAUAGAAUUCGAAAAAUUAAAUGAUCCAAAUUCACAUAACCCAAGGCAACGUUAUUCACAAUCAAAAUUUGCAAAUAUUUUAUUUACUAAUGAAUUAAAUAAACGGCUUCCUGAAGAAAUACAAGUAUUUGCUAACUCUCUUCAUCCAGGAAUCGUAGAUACCCCCCUGUUAAGAAGGGAUGAUUUAUCUUUCCCAGGAAAUAUUUCAACUUCUUCAAUCUCAUCUGAAGAUGGAGCUAUUACUAUCUUAUACUGUGCUACCAGUCCAGAAAUCGAGAAGAAAAAUUAUCGUGGAAAGUACUUUGAACCAUUUGGUAUAGUAGUUGAAAAAAAGUCUUCAUACGGUGAUGAUAAUAAUUUAGCUAAGAGACUUUGGGAAUUUACGGAGAAUUUAAUUAGCGAAAAAUUAUUGUAA